CUUCUCUCCAUCUUCACCUCCAUCCACACCUUCUCCCCACGUUGUCUUCUGUUCACACGUGACAUCACUUCCUGUGCAGAGCUUCCAGAGGUGUUCCUCCUCCAGAAGACGCCAUCCUCUCCAGUCACCUGCAUGGCGACAGGUUUCUACCCCGACCGAGCCAACCUGUUUUGGAGGAAAGACGGCGAGCAGAUCUUCGAGGACGUGGAGCACGGAGAGCUGCUCCCCAACCACGACGGAACCUUCCAGAUGUCGGUGGAGCUGAAAGUGGAGGUGACGGCCGAGGUGGAGGGCAAGUACGAAUGUGUGUUCCAGCUGUCUGGCGUCAAGGAGGACCUGGUCACCAAGCUGGAGAGAAGAAGCAUCCUGAGCAACGCAAGCCAUGAAGACAACUGGAGCGUCGCCCUCGCUGCCACGGCGGCGGUCGUCGCUGUGGCGGCCGUCCUGGCGGCCAUCAUCAUCGUCAUGGUCAGGCGUCACAGAAACAGACAAGGUGAGGGACACCAAUGUCCUCCGUCUUCUUCUUCUUCUUCUUCUUCUCGGUCCAGGCCGUGAGUUGAUGCUUUCAUCCGGGCUGCAUGAUUGAGUUGCCUUCCAGCCAAACACUCAAAGAUCCACAGAGACAGAGCGCACACUCUCACAUAGAAACACGUGAGGAAAAAGUCCAUUUCACCUUGUUUCACUUUCAUUUCAGCCCAGUACGAUCCAGCUCGUAAGUAAAACAUCUUUUCUUUGAGCCGCAAGAAACAAAGCCGUGGUGAAGCGUCACUCACAUGGAGGUCUGAUGUGGACCUUUGUUACAAGUUUAGCCUGAAAAUCCCAA